GCGGCCACGAGUUUUGAAGCCGAGCUCCAGGCCUUGAUUCAUGUUGUAGAUUAUGCGAUGGCAAAGGGAUUUGCUGGAUUUCAGGUGGAAACUGAUGCUAUCUGCGUGCUUGAUUUACUCCAUUCGAACGUUUUAGGAAACUUCUCUGGCCUUCAGACAUUUCGCAGGAGGGUAAAGGAUAAGGGAGUAUUCUUUUGCCAUGUUUUACGUGAGGGUAAUGUGCCAACCCAUAACCUUGCAACCCAAAGAAUCGACUCGGCCUGCUCUAUUCUCUUUGACGGGUCCAAAAUCUGCCCAACAAUGUUAAAUCUAGUUAUUAUGCUAAUUUGUACGGUUUUCCACAUUUUCGAUAUUAAUUUUUAGGCUUGUAUUUUAUAUUUGGGUUUGGUUUGGUCCCCCCAAAUGCUGUUUCAUUUCUUCAGGGAGGUCUCGGUUUGGUCACCUUCUCUUGAUGUAUUUUUUUCCACUAUUAAAUAAAACUUUGGCAAA